AUGCAGCAAAAUAGGAGACGUCGAGCGUCAUCUGGUGGCAGGAGGAAGACCCACUCUCGCACAGACCGAGAAGAGCUGCUGUUCUCCGUGAGCCAUGUGGAACGCGUCCUGCGGGAGCGCCACUUCUUGCAGCGCAUGAGCCCUUACACACCAGUCUUUGCAGCGGCCGUCAUCCAGUACCUGACGGCCAAGGUCUUGGAGCUGGAGGGCAACGAGGCCCAGAAACAUGGCAGUGGGCGCAUCACACCAGAGAUCGUAGACAGGGUGCUCCACAGCAACCCGCUGCUCAGCAGCCUUUUCAGAGACUACCUUCUUACAGGCGGCCCCGGGCAGUAG